AUGGCGCCAGACGACGACUCAUCCGAUCUCUCGUCCUUGUCGUCUCUGUCGCCCGCGCCCUCGGACAGCGAGCUGGACGGGGACCGCGCCGCCGCGCCGACCCAGGCCAAGCCGGGGCUCCUCAAGUUCUUCCCGAAGCUGUCAGGGCAGCCCGCCCCAGAGCCCUCGCAGCCCCCACGCAAGCGGUCGCCAUCACCGCCACACGAGUAUGUCCUCGCGGACAAUCCAGACAUUGCGUUCAUCGUCAUGUUCCGAAGCCGAUUCAGCGACGCCUUUCCGAAAGCCCUGGCACACUUUGGGCCACAAGAGCUGGAGCGAGAUGUGGUGGAAUCCAUUCCCGGCGAUCGAGUCGAGCACUUUCUAUGUGCGCUGCUCGGCCUACUCCUGAAUCGCAAACAGGACGUCAAGCCAGGCCACUACGGCAGAGCGUUGGAGGACGCGAUCGCGUCCCAUAAAUCCCAGUGGCCAUCGGCCUGGAAGACCAAGAACCCGCUGUCAGGCGGCUCCACCUUCAACUCGAUGACCCCGAACGAAAGACUUACCCUACUCCGCACCCUGAUUCUCUGGACCAUGGCCUCUUCCGAAACCGUCAAAGCCUUGAUCAACCAGUCGUACAAGCAGAACCGUCACGAGGACGAUCUAAACCAGCCUAGGGCGGUCAAGCCGUGGGGCUCAGACGGUGACAAACGCCGCUAUUUCCUGGUCGAGGGCCAGGACGAUACGAACUUUCGCGUUUACAGGGAAAGUAACCCCGCUGGGGCUACCCGCACCUGGUGGAGUGUAGCAGGCUCGAUCGAGGAGCUCAAGGCUUUGGCAGGGAAACUCGAGACCAAGGAUGGCGGUCCCAAGGCCAAGGCGCUGAGCCACAAGAUCCUUACAGCCGUUCCGCGUUUCGAGGCCGGUGAGGAGAAACGCAAACGCAGGGACUAUCGUCAGAUGCGCAAGGAGCAGUUCAAGCGACCCGAACCUGGCUACUCGCUGUACGAAGGCCGCACUCGCGGUAAGCGGAUGAAGUAUACAUACUCGGACGACGAGGAUACCUUCUUGUCCGACUCGACGGGAAACAGACGCUCCACUCGUAAUACGGCAGCAAACACGCCAGCCGAAACAGGUCCAGUAACCACCUCGAGCGGACGACAGGUCAGAGCCCCUCCUCGACUCAACAUGGUGGCCGGAGAAAGCGCGCCCGGGAGCGUCCAGGGUGAUGGCUCGGAGUACGACCAAGAGAAAUCGCUGGGAGCCUCGGGACGGCCCAGGCGAUCUGCCGCUGUCAACCAUGCCAACGGGCUGAACGGCACUGGACGACAUCGUAACGGCUCUGCCGACACGCACGAUGACGACGACGAUGACGACGACGGGAAAUCUGAGGAUGAAGAGGAGUUUGAAGAGGACGAAGUUGACUCGGACGAGAAACCUCGGAGCCUGGUUGUGAAACUCUCUGUGACGCCACCCAGACUCCGGACAGUUCUCGCCCCAGCUAACCGAGUGGACAACACGUCUGCAACGUCGGAGGAUCAAGGUCGCAGGGGGAACACCAGAACAGCGGACACAGUGACGGUGGGGACGCCCGAGGCACCCGCCCAGGACUCCAUCUCUGUUGUUGACGGGGCGUCAAGGGGAGCCGCCUCAUCUUUCCCUGGAGCUGCCGGCGAGCCGACUUCGAACGGGCCAGACAAUGCAGAGAAGGCCAGAGAGCAAUCGCCUUCGGCGGCAGCCCCUACCUCGCUGGCUUUCCGAGGCAGUCCGGAGCAGGCGUCGGUGCAGCCUAGGCUGCCAAACGGGGACGGUGCCGAUGAGAAGUAG